GUAACCGCCCGUACACCUUACCCGCAAAAAAUUUCAAAAUCUCCCGCGUUUUCCAUUUUCCUUUAAGAGAAGAAACCCCCAAUUUUUGCUUCCCUCCAUUUUCGAUCUUAUGUAAAUCUUCCACUUCCCUUUUUUAUUUCCCUCCGAUUCCCAUCGCCGGAUCUUCAUCUUCUUUCAAUCCCUCUCUCCAAUCUGCAUCUCAAACCUUCAGCUUCUGACCACAAUGGGGAAGCAAACCAAAGCUAGAAAAUCCGACAAUGCUGCCAAGGGGAUUCGCAACGUAACUCCUAUUCAGGUCGCUUUCAUUGUUGAUAGAUAUCUCUCCGAUAACAGUUACGUGGAAACCCGCUCUGUUUUCAGAGUUGAAGCUUCAUCACUUAUUGCAAAAUCUCCCAUCCAAGAGGCUCCGAAGAGCUUGCUGAGCUUAGAAGCGAUGUUGGACGAGUACAUCAGUUUGAAAGAGCAAAAGGUGAUUCUGGAUCAAGAAAGAAGUUAUCUGGAGCAAGAGAAGAUCCGUGUCCACGCUCUUCUGCAGGGUAUGCAGACUGUCAUGAGUGCUUAUAAUUCCAGUGGAAGGUCUUCAACGCCUUCGAUUUCAGCUGCUCCAGAUAAAGUUGGCGUUGUUGGUCAAUCUGAAUCUCCAGUAGGUUGUCCCAUUAACAUCAAACAACCUGUUCGUCCAGAGGUCACACCUCAGAAUUCAAAUGGCGGACCUCAAAGUUUCAUUACACCCGUUUAUAAUGACUUGGAAGCAAACAAGAGAAAAAGUUCCAAGACUUCCAUUGUUGUUCCUCCGGCUUCUAAGAGAUCUCGAAAUAAAUUAUCUACCAAGAAGUCGGCUAGCAAAGAUGCAGAUGCGCUUUCCCAAUCAACGGAAGCUGGCAAUGAUCAACCAACGGUUCGGCACUCUAACGAAAUUCAGUCGUCGUCUCCUACCUGUCCUCCUACUGAGACUGUGGUUCAAGGAUCGAGUGUUGUAAAAUGUUUAUUUAAUCAGCCUUCAUUCUCUAUUCCAACCAAUUCUUCUGGUCCAAAGACUCCGCCCCGUGCCAAUUCUUGUCAAAGUGACAAGUCUACAUCUCCCCAUGAGAUUUCCUCUGCUGCUGAUUGCAGCAACAUCAAUACCCCACAAGACGUUAGUCCUACUUGUUGCACUGUAAUUUCAUCUUCAAAAAGAGUGACAAUAAGUCCUUACAAACAAGUUGCUUACUAUUCCGUGGAAAGGAACCAUAGCAUUUUAUCUCCUUCCCCUGUCAAGACAAACGCUAAAAGGCAAGGUAAGAGAGAUCAAGUGAAGGGGCGGCUAGAUUUUGAUGUCUCAGAUGUACCCAUCAGCUCCGACAAAGGGAUUGAAAAUGAAAUUUAUGCAUCCGAGUCUGAAAAGCAAUUGGACAUAUUUGACAUUGACUUGCCUUCUCUAGAUGUUUUUGGAGAAGACUUCUCUUUUACUGAAAUGUUGGCUGAUUUGGAUAUGGAUUGUGAAGUAAUUGGUUGUUCGUCCGUCCCAACCUUGGGUGCUUCUACAGACACUCUUUCUGGCUCAUCUCACGAGUCCAUGGACUGUAACGUGGGGACUAAUCAAAUGAUGUCAGAAUAUUCAUCAACCGUGACACAAAUUUUAUCUGGAAAAGAGUUAAAUACAGAAGGCAUGGACUCUUUGACAGCAGUGAAGUCCACAACAAAAUGCAUAAGAAUUUUAAGCCCAGCCAAGAAAUUGUAGUUCCCUAAAUCCGUGAUCGACAUAACCCAACUGCUUCUGCUAGAAACCGACUGGGGAUAACCGAAGCUGACAAGAAACUUACUCUUAACCUACUAAGGAAAUAUCUAUCUUUUCACUUUCAGAAAGUUGUUUGGUAAGAUUAAAUUACCAUUCAUCUGUAUUAUUAGUCCCAUCGUAGCUAGGCAUUCUUUUCCCCUUUAAUUUUGGAAAUACUGAUGCAAUGAUCUGUAUAUGCAAGAGUAGUUUCAUCGUGCUUACAUUCCAUAAUUUGAAAUAUAUGAAAUGUAAAUUUCCAAAUGGAGCUUUCCGAUGAAAUUAUGUAAAUGCAGUACAUAUGAGUUAGAUAA